AUGUUAUUUGAUGAGCUUUAUGAGAGCUGUUUUCGAAAUGCAUCACUCGUGAAGGUCCCGAGUGGGAAGCCGGGGAAGGAUGAUGCUUCUUUGCUAGUAACUCUCGAUCAUGUGAUGAGCAACAGCCAGUACAUUGUAUUCUUCCUCACUGCUGGCAUCAAAGGAGCUGAUAUAAGCUUAAAGCUCGACAAUAUGGUACGCAAAAAGAAUGAAAGAGGAGACAAAGACAAAACGCACAGCUCGCCAGCUCGAAUUCGCCGUUUCUUCAACAUGAAGAAAAAGAAGAAGAAUGGAAAUGUCUUCAGUGACCCGACCCUCAUCUCAGUUAUUUUGAUUGACACUAACUAUCGGUCAAACUACGACGAGAGUGGCUGUUCGCAACUCGCCCAACCUGGUUGGUAUGUCUACGCACCACAGCUGCCAGCUACAAAGAGCCGCCUUUUACGAGCCUUAGGCUUCGAAUUUCCGCCGUCAUUAAUCGUUGUCGAUGCAGGAUCACGAACCGUAGUGACUACGGAAGGGCGACGUCUGUUGGCCGAUGAUAUAAAUGGAACGUCGUUUCCUUGGUUUUCUCUUGCUUUUAAGUCUCUUCAAUCGGAAAGCUUGGUUUGUAAUCCAUUGAGAUGCUGGGCACCCAAGAGAGAUUCAAGUGUUAUUCUAAAAGUUCUAUCGUUGAUUAGUAUGUUUUCUUUUGAAGGGUUUUUCCAGUGUCCUCCAUGCCGUCAAUGGGUGAAGCAACUGGUACCCGUAUACGAGAAGAUGAAGGCAGGAGGAAUCUCAUUAGAGAUUGUAUUUUGCUCUUCUGAUCGGACACAAGAAGCAUUUGAUCAAUUCAUCACACAGAUGCCUUGGUACUCAUUCACUUACGACCCAUCUAAAACUAUCGCGCUAACGAGAGUCUUUAAUAUCAGUGGUAUACCAUCCUUGAUUCUUCUCGAUUCCGCUGGGCGUGUUAUAACGAAUCACGGUCGCUCGUCAUUAUUGGAGGAUUCGGAUGGCACUUAUUUCCCCUGGGGGCCUCGUCCGUUGUACGAACUGAAUGAAUUCACAGUUUGUCGCCUGAGAGAUGAGCCAUCACUAAUACUUUUUACAGAAGGUUCGCCGGACGACAUACAGUUUUCCCUGUCUGUGAUGGACACGCUAUCAAAGCGGCUUUUUGAGGAACGGUUAAAGAUUGCAGAGCGUCGUAUCGAAGAGGUUGAAAGGAAAAGCGAUGAGAACUCUGAACCAAGCAGUGGGAUCUCUAAAUCUGCCAGUAGUGAGGAGUGCAGCUCAAUGGGGUCAGAUCUACCGAUACCUCCGCAGGCGGAUCCAUUGCAGCUGCUGUAUACGGGUGAAGAUCCGAUCUGUGAUCAUUUGUGUGUAUGUGAACGACCGGACGUUUCGGAAGCAGUAUUAAAUGAGUUUGUUGGUGAAUAUCGUGCUGGACGACUACAGUGGGUACCACUGCCAGUGACUACUGAAAGUGCGGCGAAGUCCGUUGGCGGCAUACCGAGUUCGGUCAUUGAGCAAGCGCUGGUCAGUAAUUCCCCGUCGCAGAACUCACUAAAUAGCGGUAAAGAGGAAGUGAAGACGAUCUAA